CAAAUCAGCUGCAAUUCCUGUUACAUAAUUUCCUUUUAACUUCAGUGUGUCCACUCGCCUGCCUGAGCGCAGCGACCAGCUGAGGGCUACUAGUCUACCCAUGGUUAACCCAUACUGGCCCGUCAUGAGCGUGUGGCCGAACUAGAGGAAGGUGAGCAGGAAGAACCCCGUGUUUGAGUUCGGUUCCGAAGCGGGAGUCUCUGGAGCGGCUGACCGUGUCGAAGAGCGGGAGCAUGCGGAGGCUGUCUGCGGCGCGGAGCGGCUCUCUGCUCGGCCUCGUGCUGCUGCUGCUGCGCGCUGAACUCUGCGGAGCACAGCGAUUUCUCUCACAGAAUAAAGCGUCUCAGUUCCUGCUGCGACACAGACGAGCUAACACUCUGUUUGAGGAGAGCAAGAAAGGAAACCUGGAGCGCGAGUGCAUCGAGGAGCUGUGCAAUAAAGAGGAGGCGCGGGAAAUCUUCGAGAACAAUCUGGAAACGGAAUAUUUCUAUCCCAAGUAUGUUGUGUGUCUGGGCUCUCACCGCGUCGGGAUCAAUACUCCAAACUCUCAGCCUGGGAUCCCUCAGAACCUGCGCACCUGUGUUCAAGAGAUCAGUAACCAGUGUCUGCCGCUGCCGUGUCACGCGGACGGUUAUGAGCGCUGUGUGGACGGUCAGGGCUCCUUCACCUGUGUGUGUAAAGCGGGAUGGAGGGGUCAGCGCUGUGAGCAGGAUAUUAAUGAGUGUGAAGACCCAAUAUUCCCUGCGGGCUGCAGCCAAAAGUGUGAGAACCUCCCCGGCAGCUUCAUGUGCAGCUGUGAGAAGGGCUUCUACAUCCACCACAACAUCCACUGCAUCGAUAUCAAUGAGUGUGUCCUGUACCCCCCUGUGUGUGUGGAACCUGCUCAAUGUGUUAACGCUCCGGGAACGUUCGAGUGCCGCUGCCCGCUGGGAUACCAGUACAACAUGAGCUCACACGAGUGUGUCGAUCUGGACGAGUGUGAGGGGCAGGUGUGUGAGGGCGAGUGUGUGAACACCGUGGGCAGUUUCUCUUGUCACUGUGACGGGCGUAAAGCUGUGCGUCUGGCGGAGGACGGCCGUCAGUGUGAGAAGAUCCCCAAGUGUCUGGAUCUGUACGACAGUAAACAUGAGGAGAUGCUGUAUCUGGGAGAGCAGUUCUCCGGUUUACCCGUCAUUUACCUGCGCUUCCGUCUGCAGGCCGACACCAAGUUUGCAGCUGAAUUUGAUUUCCGUACGUUUGAUCCCGAGGGCGUGAUUCUGUACGCUGAGUCUGCGCAGGACUCCUGGUUUCUGUUGGGUUUACGGUCCGGCCGCAUCGACCACCACAACAACAAACACUCCACCAACAAGACCACCAGAGGAAAAAAAGCCAUCAACGACGGCCGGUGGCACAUGAUCUCGGUGGAGGAGCUGAUGGGAAGCGUCAGUGUGAAGAUCAAUAAAGAAGCCGUCAUGAGCAUCAGCAGUCCUGAGAGGCUCUUCAGCCCCGUCAACAACAAACUAGAGACUAAACUGUACAUCGCCGGCCUUCCUAAUCGCAACGAGAGCCUCGUCAAACCGAUCAACCCGAGGCUGGACGGCUGCAUCCACGGCUGGAAUCUGAUGAAUCAGGGAGCGUCUGGAGUGAAGGAGGUGAUUCAGGAGAAGAAGAGCAAGCACUGUUACAUGAAUGUGGAGAAAGGCUCGUUCUUCAGCGGCGGAGGCCUGGCGCUCUUCAACAUCGACUACAGCAGGAUGGCUCUCUGGACGCUGGAUGUUGUGAUGAGCAUCCGUCCGUCCAGCAGCACUGGAGUGUUGUUUGCUCUGGUCAGCAAUGGCUCCGUCCCGCUCUCUGUUGCCGUGGUGACGCGACGACAGGAUGAUGCAGUAAAAAGGGACCUGCAGGUGUUUGUGGAUGGCGUGUGUGUAGUGACGCUGCAGUCUCUGAUGCUGUGUAAGCCGGAGCGGAUGCUGGUGGAGAUGAGAGCAUCAGCCGACGGGAUCCAGGUCACGGCAAACUCCUCCAGCGUGUCUUACAGCGACUCCGAGACGCUCAGCGCGGCACUAACCAGACUCUCCAGCGCCAUGCAGGCUCCCGUCCACACAUACAUCGGAGGACUGCCAGAUCUGCCGCUGUCCGUGUCUCCGGUCUCGGCCUUCUACCACGGCUGUCUGGAGAUCAGUGUGAACGGACAGCAGCUGGACUUCGACGAGGCCGUCAGUAAAGACAACAGCAUCAAGUCUCACUCCUGUCCUCCCGUCUCCGCCCCGGACCCAGCCGCUCUAGACAGGAAGUGACAUCACCGCCUGAGCCGCUGCGUCGGUCUGCGAGUUCCUGUCAGACACAUGAUUCGGGGUUCUUUGUGUUUUUAAUUGAUCCGCUCAUUAGUCGACUGAUGACUAAACUGUGAAGGAGCUUGAGAAGCUCGUGAGACGCCUCUCGUAUUCACUGCAGUGUUUUUAUUGUUGUUGUGUAUCUUUAACCAGGUUUUUACUCUCACUACAGCGCGUCUGUUUGGAUCUUGUAUAUAACACACUAAUCUGAAUGUGAUGUGAAUAUGUUUAGCUGGAUAUUGAACAUUAGUGACGCAUUAAUUAUUGUAAUAAAACAUGAAAAUGCAGCUUGUUGUUGUCAUGGAAACUCAAAUCUCACCUUCUUAGACACAAAUGAGUGUUUAACUGUUUAAUUAAUUACCGCUUAACUUUGACUUAUACAGUGUGUGGUCCUGAGGAAAACCAGGAAUUAUGAAAUCAGUUUUACUAUAAGCUGCCAUUAGUUAAUGUUAGUUAUGCAAAGUGAACAAUCUGUGACAGUAUUUAUUCAUCUUUGCUAAUGUUAGUUAAUAAAAAUACAGCUCUUUAUUGUUAUGUCAUGUCAGCUCAGGUCCAUUAAACAUUAAAAUAAAUGUGUAUCUGUUAAUAUGAAUGUACUGCUAGUUCAAAUGAGCAAUAAACAGGAUUAAUAAAUGCUUCAGAAGUAUUUUCCAUAAAUAAAUGCCUCUUUCAUUCA